AUGGUAGAUGCAGUUGAGAGAUUGAACGUUCUGUUAACACAAGAGGAUGUGUCUUACAGAACACUAGACUACCUUGGCCGGUUGCGUCAUUUAGCUAAUGAGGAACUGGCCUCGGCGGGAGAACCAAUGGACAGCGACGCAUCUUCUCCUCCCAGUCCAAAGAAGCGCAAGGGAGCAGAUGGUGAAUACACCGAAGUUAAUGCACAGGGAGAACGAUGCCGGGGACCACCGACCUCUGUGAUCAACAAGCACUGGAGAGAGAAGAUCUGCGAAUGGGCAUAUCAAGUUGUGGAUCAUUUUCAACUCCAACGGGAAGUGGUUUCGAUCGCAAUGAACCACUUGGAUCGCUAUCUUGCAGACUAUCCAUUCACUGUGGAUAAGAACAAGUUUCAGCUUUUGGCUAUGACUUGUCUCUACCUCUCCAUCAAGCUGAAUGUGUACAAGCACCUACUGAUCCCAGGAUCCAAAUCAACCAUGGAUUCGAUCCUACAGCUUAGCCGAGGAUUCUUCACCCUCACGGAAAUGGAAGAGAUGGAAAAUGAUAUAUUGCAACGCUUGCAGUGGCAUGUCCAUCCUCCGAGUCCACAGGCUUUUGUGAAACACUUCCUCUACUUGAUUGGCAUUGAAGAUACAGAACUCCUUGAUGUGUCUCAAUUCAUGGUGGAGUUGUCCAUCAUGGAUUACUACUUUGUUGACUACAAGUCCUCUGAAGUUGCUAUUGCAUCAAUCAUGAACGCACUGCAACGCAGAUCACCAAACGAUAAAGACAAAGCACCAAUCCAUGAUGAAUACUAUCCCAAUUUGAUGGGACCGGUCCCAAGGUCACUCUUUGAUUACGAUACAUCGAAGGUUCGUGAAUGCAGAGACCGUCUACAUUUGAUCUUUAUGCAGGCUAAUGGACACGUGCCAGCAGCCGCCGAGGAAGGAGACAGAACACCAAGAAAGGCAGAAAGUGAUGCGAUACGCACUACAUCUCCUGUUUCCGUAAUGACCCCCAUGAGCUAG